AUGCGGACCCUUCCAUUUCUGGCUGCAUCACUAGUUCUUGUGCCUUUACCCUGGCAUUGGCGCUCGCGAAACGUCGCUACCGUCAGCAUGAUCCUCGUUUUGUUCUUGAGCAAUCUCAUGUGGGGGAUCAACGCCGUAUUAUGGAGUGAGGAUGCGAUUAUACGGGCUAUUACGUGGUGCGACAUUACAACGCGUUUCCAAAUGUACGCGACUAUGGCGUUACCAGCCGCAAGUCUCUGCCUCACUAUCCGACUUGAGGGUAUCUCGUCUUUGCGAAGAGCUCGCAUAACUCAUGACGACAAACGCCGGGCUCUCAUCAUCGAUUUGCUGCUCUGUUAUGGCGUUCCGCUUCUGUUCACCGGUGCUUAUAUCAUUGUGCAAGGGCAUCGCUUCGAUAUCAUCCAGACUGUUGGCUGCCGGCCAACUAUCUACGUGUCCUGGCCUGCCAUCCUGAUUAGUCUGAUGCCUCCACUAUUGGCUUCCGUCAUCUCCUGCUUGUUUGCCGGUCUUUCACUUCGUAAUUUCAUUCAGCGUCGGGCAACCUUCUCCAAACACCUCCAGUCGGGCCAGUCCGGUCUGACCACGUCCAGAUAUCUCCGCCUCAUUUCCAUGGCGCUUGUCGAGAUGACAUGGGGCUUGUCCGUUGGCAUAACGAAUAUGUAUGCCACUUUCAUGGACGGCUUGCGGCCUUGGACAGAUUGGAACGACGUUCAUUCCAAUUUCUCCCGCAUUGGACAGUUCCCCCUCGUUUUAGUGCCACACCUCAACGUCGUUCUCCUCUACGUUACCUGGUGGAUGAUCCCGAUAUCAGGCUUUCUAUUCUUUGCCUUCUUCGCCUUCGGAGAAGAUGCCGUCAAGGAAUACCAGUCAUCGGUCGCUUGGGUGCGCCGCACGAUACUGCGGCAACUGCAUUUCAGGUCGAUGCUUGCCGGUCGUAUCUCCUCGCGAAGCCGAGCUGGAGUAUCCCCUUCCAAGAUGCAGGGAGUCUCUCGCACGAAUUCCAAGACGCAUGUCACGCUCUCUUCGCCGUUCAAGUCGGAGCUGGCCAGCGUCUCCACCGGCAGCGAAGAUACGCUGUCAACCCGGAAUUUACCACCAUCUUACGAACUUCUUCGUGCCAACCCGGCCAUCGCAUAUCCGUCUUCAUAUACCUGCUCGAAUACCGGUUGCCCGCCUACCGCUGGUCCAUACACCUUCCACGACACAAUGACUUCCGAUCACGCUUACACCCAGGAUAUCGUAUAA